AUGGAGCACGCCCUUAGGCGGUACGUGAAAGCCCACGGGUACGCGAUCGCCGUGGCUGCCCUAUUUUUCGGGUGCAUUUUCGUCGCAACCAUUCUCGCCGACGAUCAGCUGAGUCGCACCGCAAGCGCAUAUGCUUUCUUUCGGUCGCGCCCACUUGAGCAAUUGCUGUUUUCGAUCGCGUGGGUCGUCGCUGGGCUGAUUUUCUUGCUGGGACUGAUCUGCGAUCGCAAAGAGGCCAUCUUUCCGUUUGCAACGAUCUUCCUGGUUGAGUGGAGCCUCAUUCUGGUGCAGCUGGUCAGCAGGUUCGAACAUCGGAGCCCGAUCGAGGUGAUCCUGUCGGCCGAGACGGCGGUGUUCCUAUUGGUGCCGAUGUACGUGGGCUACACGCUGAUCAUCCUGUACCGGGCGAUCGAUAGCCAGUACAAAGACGAGGAGGACGUUGAGCAGGCUCACCGUCCGGUGAAGUUCUUUUUCGGCGACGAGCCCGAUGACACCUACAGCUAGAAGCUCACCGUGUCAUAGAGGGAUUUUUAAUUAUUUUAAGGCUAGUUUAAAGUUGUUUCUCGAAUUUAAGUUAGUUUAAGCGAAUAACACGACCGUGAGCGAAGUAAAAACCACACACCAUGAUAAAGUGACUUGCUGCGAUUCUUGCGCCAUCAUGAACGCCUGCUAUCUCGCGCCGCAUGCACAGGAUCCGAAAGCAAUAGCAUUCAACAGAAAUGACGUAAAUCAUGAACGUGUGAUUGUUGCUGCAGCUAAUCCUGUUCCCUAUCAAUUGAACAACACCAGACACCAUUUGUGAUUAAUCAUCAAGCCGAUGCUCGUUACUGGGGAAGAUUUCUGUAAAAUACCUCACGGUUCAAAUCUCGGAGAAUGAAACCCCAUAACGGCCGUAAACAGAGUGAUAAGAACGGUUCUAGGACCA